UGCGCACUUGCUCUCCGUUGGUCCGGGUUGGCCGCAUGGAGCACACACUACGCCGGAACCCAUCCUGGAGCAGCCUGGAGGGACCCGAGCAUCAAGAGAUGAGCUUCCUAGAACAAGGAGAGAGCACUUCAUGGCCAUCACCAGCCAUGACCACUGGCUCAGAAAGAAGCCAUGGGAAACAGGGGGCCAAGUCCUCGAGAUGGACGAGGCAGGAGGCGGUGAAGGAAGGGGAGCUGCCGGGUCUGGAGGAAGAUCCCCAGGCCAGGCCACCUGCUGAGUGCACCGGGCUGGAGGCCACAUUCCCCAAGGCCACACACUUGUCGCAAGCUGCCCCCUUGGCCAGGGUGGGCACCCCACCGACAGAGUGGGACAUCUCCCCCCUGAACCAUGCAGCCUCAGCCGUAGGCUCCAGUCCAGAUGAUCUGGAGCUGGAUAUAGAGUUCCCAGUCACAGCAGACUGGGGGUACGAGCUCGGCCUGGUGGAAGAGAGGCCUACCCUGUGUCCCUCCCCGCGGGCCCUGUUACCCAGGCCGGGCUGGGACGACGAGCUGCAGAAGCCGGGGGCCCAAGUCUACAUGCACUUCAUGCAGGAGCACACCUGCUACGAUGCCAUGGCAACCAGCUCCAAGCUGGUCAUCUUCGACAUCACGCUGGAGAUCAAGAAGGCCUUCUUUGCGCUCGUGGCCAACGGCAUCCGGGCGGCACCCCUGUGGGACAGCAAGAAGCAGAGCUUCGUGGGGAUGCUGACCAUCACGGAUUUCAUUUUGGUGCUGCACCGCUAUUACAGGUCCCCGCUGGUCCAGAUCUAUGAGAUUGAACAGCAUACGAUUGAGACCUGGAGAGAGAUCUACCUUCAAGGCUGCUUCAAGCCUCUGGUCUCCAUUUCUCCCAAUAGCAGCCUGUUCGAAGCUGUCUACGCCCUCAUCAAGAACCGGAUCCACCGUCUGCCGGUUCUGGACCCGGUCUCCGGCGCCGUGCUCCACAUCCUCACACACAAGCGGCUGCUCAAGUUCCUGCACAUCUUCGGCACCCUGCUGCCCCAGCCCUCCUUCCUCUCUCGCACCAUCCAAGAUCUGGGCAUUGGGACAUUCCGGGACUUGGCCGUGGUGCUGGACACAGCGCCCAUCCUGACGGCGCUGGACAUCUUUGUGGACCGACGCGUGUCUGCACUGCCCGUGGUCAAUGAAACUGGACAGGUCGUGGGCCUCUAUUCUCGCUUUGAUGUGAUUCACCUGGCUGCCCAGCAAACCUACAACCACCUAGACAUUAGUGUGGGAGAAGCACUGAAGCAGAGGACACUGUGCCUGGAGGGAGUCCUCUCCUGCCAACCUCACGAGAGCCUGGGGGAAGUCAUCGACCGGAUUGCCCGGGAGCAGGUACACCGGCUGGUGCUAGUGGAUGAGACUCAGCAUCUCCUGGGUGUGGUGUCACUCUCCGACAUCCUUCAGGCCCUGGUGCUCAGCCCUGCUGGCAUCGAUGCCCUCGGUGCCUGA